AUGGGAUGCAAAGAAGUAUGUGUAGGGAGGAAGGUUAGAGGUGUUGAAUUGGGGGGAUUUUGGUGGUGGGAUUGGGGAUGCGGAUUUUUAGGAUGGUUGGAGAGGUUUUGUGGGGGCUGUGAGAUAUGCAUAGCAUUUGGGUUAGAUGAUAGAUUGGAUGGGAAUGGUAAUCUUAUAUUCUUGUGUAUAAAGGGAAUUGCAGGUGCGAUAUUAGGAUUUAGGACCUAA